CGAUACCACUCCAACGGGAGAACACCGACGCCGGCGCCGCCAUCCACCGGACAACCGCUUGUCCUAAAUAUAAACCCUAAUCGCCGGCGAUGGCCCCCAAGCGCUCCGCACCGCCACAGCAGCAGCCCCCACCUCCGGUUGCCUCCUCCGAGGAGACCGCCUCUGGAUCGGGCUCCGACGAGUCAGAGGAGGAGGAGGAGAUCGCCCACUUGCCCCCUCCGGCCGCUCCCAAGGCUCCGCCGCCGCAGAAGGGCCAGGAAUCCGAGACCGACGACGAGGAUGAGGUUGACGAGGAGGAGGAUGAGGGAGAGCACGAGAAGACCAACCACGCAACCCCUCCCGCCGUCCCCAAGAACCCGCCGCCGCCGCCAAAUCGCGAGGAGUCCGAGACCGAAGAGGAGGAGGAGGAGGAAGAGACGGACGACGAGGCGCCGCAGUCUAAGCCCGCUCCAAAGCGGGAGGCGGAGGGGAAGGGCGCGAAGCCGUCGUCGUCGAGCGAGGACAAGAAGCCAGGCGCGCUCUUCCAACGCACCUGGUCGACGGAAGACGAGGUCCGCAUACUGGAGGCCCUGGCCGCGCACCGCCGGGAGCACGGCAUGCUGCCGCAGCCCGACGCGCUUGUCGCCGCUCUCGCCGGUAGCCUCGACAACAAUGGCUACGGCCGGACGGAGCUCCAGGGGAAGGUCAGUAGCCUGAAGCGCCGGUACAGCAUAGCUGCCAAGAAGGGCGAGCUACCGAGCAAGGAUCGCGACCGCCGGCUUUUCGACCUCUCCAAGCACGUCUGGGGCGGCGACAAGCCAGCAAAGGACGGCGCGCGGAGGGAGGCACCGAGGGAGUUCAGUGAAAUGUGCGAGCUGUACCCGUACCUCGCGGAGGAGGUGAAGGCGCUGGAGGCGUCGCACCCGGGUCUGUUCAAGAGGGAGUUCGCCAUGAUCCACGACGACAAGGCGCUUGCGCUGGAUGUGAAGAUCAAGAAGCAGAGGCUGGUGCAGAUGAAGGUGGAGCUGCGCCGCUAUGACCUGACCAAGGAGGUGACCAGGGCGCUUAUGGAGCUGGCCGAGUGAUGGGGUGCACUGAGCCGAGCAAGUAUCUUGGCAUUCCUCAUGGCAUUGAAAUGCAUAUGUGAUUGAUUAUCUGCAAACUGUAUCCUCCACUGAAGCGCAGUAGUACUUGCAAACUAUUGCAUCUAGAUUUUGUUGAAUUUUUUUGUGAUGAUUCGCGGCGAUCGAUUCCUCCUCGCAGCAUCUGUGUUAAGUCAGGAAGUGCCUGGGUGAUGUUUUGGUCAGCAAGAAUGUUUUGUUGGGAUUUCUGAACUCUGCAAACAGGAUUUUGUAGUCUCAAGUCUGAACUCUGAAGAUAAGAGUAAUAAUUUGGAAGUACUAAGAGACUAAUUGUUAAUGUGAUGAUAAAUUUGCUGGUCUGAAUGUGGAUGGAUGGAUGUUGCGCUAUGGAAAAUUGGGAGCUAGGUUGCAAGUUUAAUAGUUAGUGCUAUUCAUACUGUCCAUUUCAGAUCAUUUUCAAAUUUCAGUGCUUGAUAAAUACUAAGAUUUCAAUGCU